AUGGAUAGACUGAUGAAUAAGAGUAGUGAAAUAGAUAAGGUGUGGAAUGAAGUAACUAGUAAAAUAUCAUUAACUAAAGAUAUUUAUCUUGGUACAAGUACUAGUAGUAGUAGUACUGCAACUACUCAACAACAACAAUAUAUCAAAUCUAAUAGAAUAGUAGAAUGUACAUACAAGACAUCACCACUGACAUCUGUCAUAUCAAAAGUCGAUCAAGUAGAUAUUAAAGAAUUAGAGAUAUCUGAUUUCUUAUUACACUGGUAUAUUGAUAAUAUAAAGAUCUAUUUUAAUAAUCAUUUAUGUAGAGAGUUUUGGGAAUACUUUGGAGGAUUGGGAAAGGUUGAUGGUCUGUUGUUGAAAUCAACGAUUGACUAUGACGACAAGUACAACACACAUUUUAUCAAUGCUAUCGAAGUGUUUAAUAAGAAAAAGAAAAAGAUUAAAAAGACUAUAAAACCAAUAUCAAUUUUAAAUGAUGAUGAUGAUGAUGAUGAAGAGGAAGAAGAAAUGGAGGAAGAAGAAGAAAUGGAAGAAGAAAUAGAGGAAGAUGAACAACAUGGAGAUUUAUCACAAAUGGAAAGAUCACAAACAUCAAUGAUUGAAAUGUCAUUUAUGAAUGAAUCAUUUACAGAUAUUAAUACCAAAGAGAUUGCAUUUAUCAAUCUUUGUAUUAAAUUAAACAAGUUAAAUUUCAUUAUUAUCUCUGAAGAUAUAUUUACUACUAUUUUAUUGUCAAAGAUUACAGAAAAUAUAGAGAAAAAAUGUAAAGAUGUAUUUGAUAAAUAUUUAUUAAAAUCUAUAAUUAAAUGGGCUGAUAAUAUUAUAUUUAAAUGGUUAUCGAUUAUUCUUCUUCGUGAUGGACAAGACAGCACGGAUUUCAGAGCAAGAGGACAAGAUGUCUUUGAGCAAUGGCGCAAUAGAAUGGAGUUUUCAAUCUAUGACAACUUUUCACAGCAGAGGAUCAGUCAGUUGUUUGAUAUGAUUGUGCAGUUUCCAGACAGCACACCGGCAUUGGAGGACUUGGCCGUAUGCUACCAAAAGAUUCCUAUCCAAAAAUCACUCAUAGCAAGCUUGGUGCGACAGUUCAAGGCGCGUCUGUUGCAUCCGGGUGCCAAUACAAACGACAUUAUCACGCAGUUCAUAUCGACUAUACAGGCAAUGAAACUGAUCGAUCCAACAUGUUUUGUGGUUGAUGCGGUCGGACACCCCAUCCGCACCUAUCUCUCACAGAGAGAGGAUACUAUCAGAUCGAUCAUUUCAAGUUGCACCGACGAAGAGAGUGAUAUCUAUGCCGACUUUUGUCAAGUCGAUCAAGACACGGACCACACCACCGCCACCAAAGGUGACCAUAUCUGCGACGGCGAUAUUGACGUUUACAUUGAUGACUAUGCAGAUCAAGACCAAGGUCAAGACCAACAAUCAUCAAAAACAAAAAAGAAGAAGCAGUGGCAACCUGCAACCAAAGAGUCACAUCCAACACUCCAAAUACAAAAGUAUAAAGAUACUAUCACUAGUUUGGUCAAUAUCUAUGACAGUACCGAUUUGUUUGUCAAUGAGUAUCGUCUCAUGCUCUCUCAAAGACUCUAUGCAAUGACCAACUAUGACGACAUUGACAAGGAAAUCAGAAAUGUAGAGUUGCUCAAACUUCGAUUUGGCGAACACAGUCUACAGAGUUGUGAAAUCAUGAUUAAAGACAUUCAAGAUUCCAAACGUCUCAAUCAACAAAUAUCCAAACAAUUCAAACAAUCAAAUUUCUCUUCACUCAUCCUCUCCAAUUUAUUUUGGCCUACCUUUAACAAAAAUGAAGAAUUUAAUUAUCCUCAAAAUAUUUUAGAUCAAAUGGAAAACUUUAACAAAGAAUAUCAAAAAAUUAAAGCUCCAAGAAAACUUGAAUAUCAUAAACAUAUGGGAUUUGUUGAAUUGGAUAUUGAAAUCAAUGGAAAUAUUACUACUUUAACAGUUUCACCAAUUCAUGCUUCAAUUAUUUGUUUAUUUGAAUCAAAAGAAAUAUUAACAUUGGAAGAAAUAUCAAAUGAAUUAAAAAUGAAAUCAGAUUUGGUUAAAAGAAAAAUAAUUUAUUGGAUUAAUCAACAAAUAUUAAUUGAAUUUGAAAGAGGUGUAUAUAAGAUUGUAACAAGUGACAAGGACAAGGAUGAUGAUGACGACCAGGAAGAAGGAUUUGGUCAGACAGACUCUGGUACAACACAGGCAGGAGAGGAGGAAGAUGUCGAUUCAUCAGCCAACAAGGAAAAGGAAGAGGAGCAAUGGAAUGUAGUCGAGAACUUUGUGAUUGGCAUGUUGACCAAUUUCAAAUCAAUGCCAAUCGAUAGAAUGCACAAUAUGUUGACAAUGUUUAAUCCAGAUGUUUAUACUAGUUCCAUGACCGAUCUAAAACAAUUCCUCACUAGAUUACAAAAUCAAGAUAAAAUUGAAUUAUCUUCUGGUGAAUAUAAAAUUAAAAAGUAG